AGGGGAGGAGGUGGCGCACAGCAGAGUCUGGGCUUCAGGCAGACCACCACCACGGCCCCAUCCAGCAGCCUGGGCACUGAGGAGACCACUGAGGAUACCAUGACGGACGCCUACUCCCUGUCACCCACCAACACAAGCAAUACCUACUCCAUAGAGAUCCACACAGACGCCAUGGCGCCGCCGGCCUGGGGAACUACACCCUGGACUACAUCCAGUGCUUCACGUCUGUGAGUGUUGCCCGCCUGAGAAGGGCCCUAUGGGGCCCCAGGGGAAGAGUGGCCCCCCAGGGCUGGGAGGAGAGUGGGGACUUCCAGGUAGACUAAAGAAUAUAAAUAGUGUUGAUUUCAGUAUAGAUUGACUAAAAGUAUACAUAGUACUGUAGUGGAUAGUGACCAUGACUGUAGGUUGUGUGCGGUGUGCUUGCAGUUAUAUUGUGUGUCUUCAUGGUGUGUACUCCUAAAUAUCUCCUCAUAUCCCCAACCCUCCUACCUUCGCUCUUCCCCUCCUUCCCCCUGUCUUCUUUGUGUGUACCUGGAGAUAAGGGGGGUGUUGGACUCAUGGGGAACUCCUGGACUGGAUGGAAUGGCUGAAGUGACUGGACUGGAAGGAGAUAAAGGGAAGCUAGCCAAUUCUCAAAUACAACUGUUAAAGAAUGUAAUCUGGGUUUUUAUAUUUACAGUCCAAAGUGUGAGCUGCUAUGCUAUCUGUUAUCUCAUUCCUGAAUACGUUGUUAUCUGUUGCUGUUUUUCAUCAAAUCGCUAACUUUGAUCUAAAAUAGAGUAUUCAUGCUGGGGACUGAUAUCUAUCCUCAUGUGGUGACACAUUUCAGAUUCCAAUUUCUUAUGAUAGGUGACAAAGAAGAUCAAGGAAACAUGGGGAUGUUGGUGCCCUGGGGCUACUUGGGAGACAAGGAGAGAAAGGUAUACAAUACUCCCUAGAUUUCAUCAGAGUAAUGUGUAGUAACACUUGCAUCAUGGAGUAACACCACAUGGAGUAACAAUACAGAGUAACAUGAGGAAAUGCUAGUGCUAGAAGAUCACACUAUAUUAGAGGAGAAUAGUAGUGUUCUUAAACUGAAUGUAAACUGUUGUUUCACUAUCAAAUACUUUCUUGCUACAGUAAGUGACUAAGUUCCUUCUCACAGGUGACUUGGACCCCAAAGGAUAGAAAGGAGAACAGGCCUCCCUGGCUUGAAAGGAGACCCUGGAGAAAGGGGAGAGCUUGGGCAGAAUGGGACCCAGGGUAAGAAAGGUGACCCGGGUAGAAUAAGCCCUGCAGGACCCUCUGGGCUGCCUGUCCCG